CUGUUUCGCCUCCAUCCUAGAAUCGCCUGCCGCUGCAAGCUCGUCUGCCAGCUGUGGAGGUCCGUCAUCUCCGCCGCCUCCUUCAAUCGCCUUUUGGUUUCUCGCCUCCAGACCAUGAGUCCGAACGACCUCAAAUUGAUGGUCCUCAGCUUCAUCCCACCCAUGCCCAAUGGAGUUGAAGACCGAGACGCUCUCAAAGUCUUGGAUUGCGACAGGGACUUGGUUCUAUGCGGGUUUUGGGAUACAGAGAACAUGGACAAGAAGCACGGCAGGGCAUACUUGGUCUGCAAUCCGUUCACCAAGCAGUGGAAUGCUCUUCCGUUGGCGCCCAGGAAGUUAGCGGCCUAUCACUCCUCGGUUUCAAGGUCAGGUUGGCUUCAUAGGGUUCAAUGCAGCAGCGGCAGCAGGUUCACCUUCGACUACUCCAGCAUCGAUCCACUUUCAGAAUUGCAAAGGCUAUUCACAUUCCUUUGGGUUACUGUUGCCAACACAGGUCUGAACCAACAAAUUACGCAGUUGUCAUGGACAUGGAUGUCAAGCAAUCAGAACUAUGACAAGCAAGAACAGACAGAUAAGGAGGUGAAGAUAAUCUCGGAGACUCUUCAACAGGCUGUUGUAGCUGUUACUGAAAACCAAGCUAGGAACCAUUCAGGUCGUGAAACAAAGUCUGCAGCCCUGAAUUCAAGGAUUCUGUGAAAUGUGGUUCUCUUUAGUGUGUUUGUGUUGAUGUUACUUUCAGGUAGUUUCAUGACAA